CAUAUAGAAUGUGAAUUAUGUCAACGAAAUGCUUAUAAAUACAAACUUAAUAAAAAAAUUUUUAAUUUUAAUAAUUUUAUGUUAAAGAAGACUAAAAUAAUAAUUUAUAUUUUUAAGAAAUUCGUUAAUAGUGUAAUUAAUACAUUAAGAGGUAUCAAGAUCUAAAAAUGACAACAAGUAAAUCAUUGAUUUUAAGCGGCUUUAAAGAAGAUUGUGAGCAAUUAAUUGCUCGUUUUGAGAAAGCAGAUGAUAUUAGAUUUCAAACUUUUUGUGAAAUUUGGAAAACGAUGAGAUUUUCACUGGUUUUUACAGGUCGUCCAACUUUUUUAGAAUUAUUAGAAUUCUGUGAAGAAACACUGAAUAUAUGUAAACAAUUUCUUCUUUUACCUCCUCGAUUUAAAGAACGUAUUGGAGGAUUAUAUCUUUUAUAUGGAAUAUAUUACAAAAUGCCAAUAGAUCAAUUUAAAAUUAGAGUUAAAUUAGAUGAUUGGCAAAAUAUUAUGGAACUUCAUGCAGAAAUAAAAGAAGCAGAACACUUAGAUGCUAAUUAUAUAUUAUGUAAACUAAUUGUAGAUAAUGCAUUUCACUUUUGUAUUUUUGAUUCAGAGUUUGGAUUGGAAAAACAAUAUCGUGUAAAGAAUGCACAAUGUUUUAAUCCAUAUUCUGUAUUGCCAAUAUUAAAAGAUUUAACUGACAAGCAUCAAAUGUUAUCAAAAAUAAAUGAAAUUAGUAAAGUUUAUGAAGAAAAUAAACAAUUAUUAAAAUUAAAGAAUGAUUCAGGUACUAGUCUAAAUUUAUUCAAUUCAAAUAUAGCUGAAGAAAUUGUUAAUGAUAUUCAAAAGUUUGAAGAACAGAAGAGAAAUCAACAAAUAAAGAGUAUGUUUGAUUCUGAAAAAGCAUGUAGUUCUUCUACUUCAAAGGAAACACAUAAAAAAACCCAAUUAAAAGGAACUUCCAAACGUAAAAUGCGACCAUUAAUUGAUUAUGAUUUUCAAAUAGAAUCAAAUGAAUCUGAUGAAGAUGAAGUAUUUGAACUUGAUGAUUAUGAUUCUAAUUCAUCUGAAGAUUUUGAUUAAUAAUAAAAACAAAAACAAAAAUAUAUAUAUUAUCCUUGAUUGUUGUCGUCGAAUCCAGCACUAUGACCCGCGUUUCGUACAAUAAAACUAGUUCCGUCAUAAUGCAUGCGUCGUUCACCGCGUCGCACAAAAAGAUGAGAUGUUUGACCAAGAGAUGCAGUACAAUGUAAAAAUGGAGUCGUUAACGAAGCUGUACCAUUACUAGGUGAUAUACCACUGACUUGUUAUUGCCGUGGGCAUCAUGGGCCAGGAUUUCAACUCGUGAUCCAUAUUGAUAUAUUCUUCCAUUUGGAUGGAGUAAUGCUGCAGCUGCUCCAGAACCGCUCAACGAUAGUACAAUGUUAUUCUACGCUGACGAUAAAUGCAAUUCAGAUAAUAAUCAUGAAUCUUGUUAUAAAAUA